GGAUCAUCGUCGAAUGAUGGCAUUGUUCUUGGUCUCGGUGGAUGUGUUAUUGAUGACUGCCUGGACGGCCGGAUGACCCGUCGCUGAUUUAGCACUGUGAUCCACGUUUUAUUGCUUCAUUUCUGGGGCGCGGGUUUACUACCAUCACUUUGUACAGAGCUUCUGACCCGACCCCGAACCAGACUAUGGCAACUUCGACUGGGACCGGAUGGGCUCAGCUUCGGCAGCAAGCCCGUUCGCUUGAGACUCAGACCGAGAGUCUGUUUCACACCUACGCGCAGUAUGCAUCGAUGACGAAGCUGCCUCCGAAACCAUCAGAAGAAGAACAACGGGUUGAAUCGCAACUGAAGGAUCUUCUUGAAAAGCGUGAAGCCCUCAUCUCCCAGCUCUCCCGUCUCCUCGACUCCGAAGCCACUCUUACCGCAUCCGCCCUGAAACAGAGCAAUCUGGCCCGCAAUCGUGAAGUCCUCCAGGACCACCGCCGCGAACUGCAGCGCCUGAACGCUGCAAUCGCCGAGUCCCGUGACCGAGCCAAUCUUCUAUCGAACGCAGACUACAUGCUUGAGGAGCGGGGUCGUAUAGACGAAAGCCAUAGUAUGAUAGAUGGCGUUCUGAGCCAGGCGUAUGCGAUCAACGAGAGUUUUGGGCUACAACGUGAAACCCUGGCCAGCAUCAAUCGCCGUAUCGUUGGUGCUGCCAAUAAGGUACCGGGAAUGAAUGCGUUGAUCGGUAAGAUUGGAACGAAGAGGAGACGUGACGCAAUCAUCUUGGGAGCUUUCAUCGGGUUUUGCUUUUUGAUGGUGUUUUUCUUCCGAUGA